AUGGACGAAAGUAUAUUAAGCACAGCAGACGAAAUAGAGCACUGCGCAAUUGAGGAAAUCGCUGGCGUUCCUAAUGCGGACAAAAACAUGGCAGUGUGUUCACGUAGAGGAAUGUGCCUGAGAGAAAGGCAGAAAUGCUUGCCAUGUAAAGAAACAGGACAGUUUGGCUCUUCUGUUUGCAACCCAAACAGCACUUCGUGUCGGAAUCGGCGCAACCAAAGUGAUACAGAUAAUUCAAGUGAAACAUCAGAAGGUGAAACACAGAUACGUACGUUUUGAAAAUAUGUAAGAAAUUCUGUAUUUAAUACGCUCUCCCGGAUUCUAGUUUUUCAAAUAUAUAUGUUACAAUUUUAGGGAGCAUACGAGCAUGAUAGUGAUGAGUCUUAUGACAUUCAGGAACCAAGUGCAAAGCGAGGGAGGGGUCGUGCACAGAAAAAUUGGCGAAACUUCUUCUCGGCUUCAGGAUCGUGAAAAUGCCUCAGAAACCACACAAAAACCAGGAUCGAAAGCUAGAGGUCGCGGUAGAGGUCGCGAUAGAGGUCGCGGUAGAGGUCGCGGAACAGGCCGGUCGCGGUAGAGGGCGUGGUAUAGGUCGUGGACGAUUACAGGCUGAAGAAAACGCUGAACAACGUGUGUUGGACCACUAACAACAGCUACAGGUAUUGUGGCUCAUAUUUAAAAUACCCUGUGUAGAACAAUUUGUAACACUAUACUAUUGAUAACGCCGUACGUGGGACAACAAACAAUAGUUGAUUUAGUCGAUUGACGUAAGAAAUGUAUCAUAUGUCAUAAAUAGUAUACUUCGAGUUGAUUGUCAGACUGAACGCACGAGAGAAAACCAGAAGGAUUGUUAUGUUAGUAUAUUUUAUCGUUUGAAUAGUUUUAAAUAAAUAUGUUCUAAAGUACGCGUGUGUGUGCAUCUGAAGAUAAUGAUGCGACAAAGGUUAAGCGUAGGUUUAGGCAUCUAGCGAAACUGCGAGUUCACUUUUGGGAGAUAUGGAGAAAAGAGCAAAAGGAAAUAAGAACAAGUACCCCUCAAACCACACGUAGAAAUUUGUUCAAUCAAUUAAUUCAAACCAACAGAGAGACAAGAGGAUUUUGCAGAAUCUGCUGAUGCUGAAAUUAGCAAAAUUGAUGAUGUAACUAUGGGAAGUAGCAGAGGAAUAAAGCAUGACUUGACGCCAAAUUCCAAAAAGUCCAACCAACCCAGGGCUAAAAGGUCUCUUGUUGGUAAGUAUCUUAUGUUUACCAGCUAAGUUAGAAGCUGGCAUCUAACUAAAUGAGUCAGUUCAUAAUAGAUGUACUCUGUAGAUUCAUUUUAAUAUUUAACACUUACUUUCAUUCAUAUUAUGCCUAUACCAGUACGGUACAUUCAAUGUAUAGAAAUGAAUUUUACAAUCAUCUUCACUGACAGCUGUAAUAACCUCUGUAUGGUAUGCACAUGUACUCUAUAACUUGCAAUUUUCUAUUUGCUUUAUUUUCAAGGAGGAAAACCUUCAGGUCAAGAAAUUACAGACGGAAAGACUAAAAUAAUAAAUCUACUGCAAGCUUCCUUUAUUCAACAGCAUGGCAGUGAGGUAAACAGAGAUAUCCUACUGUGAUCUAUUGGCUUGGAUAGUAGUAGCACUUCAAAUUCACUGGUUACUCGUACAAUCAAACAAAUUUUCCUAGACGUUACACUCAGAAGGGACAGAAAAAAUUACUUGUAUCCUUUUUGAAUUAUAUGGGAUUAGCAAUUUACAUUACAAAUCUGUGUGAAUUGUAUUCUUUUGAAAACUGAUGGAAUUAAUAUCUAUUUUGAAACACAAUAGUAUUUAUCUGUCAACCAAGAUGUUUCUUUAACUGACUAUAGAACAUUUUAUGUGAAUCUCAAACAUAAAAAUUCAUUCUCUUGCGAAGAUUCUGAGUGUUUACGACCAAUUUCAGGUAGGUAAUGUAUGCAUAUCAACUCUAUAAAUUGGAGGACAUGAGAGGUACCAUCAAGGCCCUUGCAGGAGAACCCAGAUUUACCCUAUAUUAAGGACCCCCCCCCCCCUUAUUUAUUAGUACAGUUAGUGCUUGGUUAGUGCAUAAGAAUUAGUGCCUAAUGGUUAGUUUUAGCGAUGGAGGAAACUGGAGUACCCAGAGAAAACCUUCGAAGCAUAGAAGAUAACCAACUAAUCUCAACUUAUGUGAGUUAAGAUUAGUUAAGAACACUGAGGUAUUCAUCUGAGUGUCACCGUAUCCUCAACCUGCUGUAUAGGAGGCUUAACUUAGAUGUAAUAGGCAGCACGCUUACUGCUUUCACCACCCUGCUCCCCAAUAGUUCUACACAAAAUAUACAACAACAAUAUUUAUUAAAAAUUACAAUUCAUUGUCGUUCUUUCAUAUGGGUUUGAACAUUUUUAUGUUCUCAUCGAUGAGAUGAUCAAUGUCCAUCAUCAAUUUGGAGCUGUAGAAGAAGUUCUAAGACAAAUUUUACAGCAACUGGAAAUAGCAGGUGAAGAAAAUGUGCACUUUGAGGAACUCUUCUUAAAUUCUACCAAACACAAGCUGAAUACAGUGCUGUGCCAUCACCAUCAAGUUUAUCACCUGAACAAAAUGCAAUCAACGCCAAAGAACUUAAAGUGUUUCAAAACAUCUGUAAUCUUGGGAUUCGUGGUGGGAAUUUCAAAGAUACAACAGAGUUGUUACAUCCGUCCAUUUUAAAAGAUUUUGGAGAUGAAGUAAGAGAGAAAUGUCCACUGUUGCACAGUAUUGUGGAGGCAUUGGUCAUAACCAGCCACCAUGAAAGAAAUGUUCAUAAAACCAAUGAAAAGAAAGUGCUUUGUGGACAUCAUGCUUUGGCCCUUUUGUACAACAUCAGAAACUCAAACUGCUGUAAUGAUUUUCCAUUGUUGUUUGGACUGUUGUGUGUAUCAUAUGGAGCGGGAAAACAGUUUAUCAACAUGUUGCAGUCCAUUGGAAUAUCACUUCAUUUUGACACAAUGUGAGUGUGCAAAUUAUAAUGUGUUUACCAGUGUAUCUGAAACUAUUAACAAUCUGAAAAUCAUUCACCAUACAGUAUUUAGGAAUUCAUUACAUGUCAAUUACAUACAUGCAUAAAUAUUGGAACUCAUCUCCAGUCUCGUACUCCUUUGAGUAGGCCUAAAUUAUUGCUAGAAAAUUGAAUUAGAAAAUGGAUAAUCAAAGCCUCACUUUUGGUUCUCUAUUUCAUUUGUCAAGCACUAUUUCAGGCAUUCAGAAAUAAAGAUGACUGGGGCAUAGUCAGUAAAAACAACUAAAUAUAGAAAGACAACUUAACUAACAAAGAUGUGUUACAUAACUGCAUAUCAGGCUAGCUAUGAGAUGUGGAGAUUUUUGAAUCGGGAAAGGUUUGAAUUCUUUUCCAAGGUAAAGCCCAUUCUCGUACGCAGAGCCCUACUUGAGGGGCUCUAGCCAAAUCCAUAUCCCAAAUGGCAUCUGAUUGGCUAGUUCUAACACCAGAUAUUGUUUUCUUACCAUGUUUUUAUGGUAUCCGGUUAUGGAUUUGGCCAGAGCCUAUCGUCGCACCGCGAGUAAGAAGGGAUCUGGGUACGAGAAUGAGUUAAGCCAUUAGCAUUGGAGGUAACUGUAAUGUGAAAGGUGUAGUGUUGAUACACUGAUUGUUUUUAGAACAAAUUUCUUGAAACAAAGGCUGGAUAAUUAUGAUAAAAUUAUCUCUGAACAUGCACCUGUUGAUAUCCCUGUUAUACUGUUACUGGACAACAUAAACAUGUACAGAGGAAAUAAACGUCAUCACCGAAUUUUUAAAGUUCUUGGGCCCACAAUGUGGAAUUUCACAGUUCGGGGUGCAAUUAUCCCCAACUUCGAUGGUGUACGUGAUCUGCUUGACAACCCUGAAAUGACACAAGAACAACAGAAACAGCUAACAACCCUGAAGCCAGAAGAUCUUUUCAUUGGUAUGUCUAUUUAG